AAGCCAUCAAUUCUCCAAUUCAAACCCAAGUUUUUUUCCUUUAAAAAAAAAUGAAACCACAAAUGCCAAACCCUUGUUUCUUCUCCAAUUAAAACAAACCAAAACCAAAACCAAAACCAAAACUAAUUCCUCCUCUUCAAAAUCAAACCUUGUUUUUCACUCUUCCCUUCUCCCUUCUCUUCUUCCCUAAUCUUAAGGUUGGUGGUGGUUGUUAAGUUAGAACUCCGUUAAUGGAAAACUCAAGGGGAGCACAGGAGAGGAAGAACCCAUCUCCCUUAAACUCCCCCAACAGCAACGGGAGCAGCAGCAAUGGCAAUGCCCUCCAAAUUCAUACCCCACCAAUUUCUCCUAUACCCAUCUCCAGAUCUGACACUAACCCUUACCCUACAACCUUUGUUCAAGCAGACACCACUACCUUCAAGCAGGUGGUCCAGAUGCUGACCGGCUCGACGGAAACUGCAAAGCAGGCAUCCAAGCCACCGAGUCAACAGCACCCGUCGCUACAGCAGCAGCAGCAACAGCAACAACAGCAGCAUCAAGAUCCGUUACCUUCCAAGUCCUUUGCCAUUCCCCCCAUCAAGAACAACAUUCCCAGGAAACAGAGCUUCAAGCUUUACGAGAGAAGAAACAACAACAUCAAAAACAGCCUCAUGAUCAACACUUUCUUCCCCGCCGGUGUUGCGGGUAGCCCCAGUUUCUCCCCUCGGAAGCCACCGGAGAUCUUGUCACCGAGCAUCCUCGACUUUCCUAAGCUUGUCCUCAGCCCUGUUACCCCCUUAAAUGAUGAAGAUCCCUUCAACAAGUCUUCUCCUUCGCUAGGAAACUCAUCUGAGGAAGAGAAAGCAAUUGCAGAAAAAGGAUUUUACUUGCACCCAUCGCCGAUGUCGACUCCUAGAGAUUCUGAGCCUCAGCUUUUGCCACUUUUUCCGGUGACCUCACCAAAAGUUUCAGGGUCCUCUUCUUGAAGAAAAGCCAUGUAAUUUGAGAGUGAUUGAGAAAAGGGUUUAAUGGUUUUUGGAUGAUUUUGAGGAGCUCUGCUUCAAUUGUACAAUUUGAUCUCUCUUUUAUAUGGUAAAUUUUACUUCUUUGUUUCUCCGUUCAUCUUUCUCCUAUUAUUUUUAGGUUUUGGUUUGGAAAUUGGCACUAAAAUUUCAAAACCAUA